AUGUCUCUCUCUCCCUGGUGUUUGGGUUCCCACACCAGUGUGCUGCUGUUGCUCUUCUCUAUCCUUCUUGGCUUCAAACUCCAGCAAGUCAAGCAGCAUGUCUAUAGGCCCCACUCCUUCGACUGUGGGUUUGACCCAGCUUGGGAUGCCUUUGGGGUCGACGCAUCUUUGAGCGUGGGAACGGUUAAGGUCUACUUUGAUUCCGUUCUUGGAGCACCAUCGGCAGGUGCCGACAUCGAGGUUGUCGGUGUGCAUGCGGCUGAUGGCUUCUCGCAGAGGGAUCGCCAAGUCGUCCUCUUGGGCAACCUGGGCUCGCUGUCGAUGUCGUGCUCGUCCGUUAGCCGGGUCUGGGAAUGCUCGAAGAUACCUGUUCUUCCGUAG